CAAACAAGGGGGCGCACUAUUUUAACGUUUUGUGAUAAUAAUCGAAUUAAUUGACCCUCACAAUGAACAGUGUUCUCAUUUUUCGCACUAAACCAACGUUAUUGGUAUCCAGUUUUCGCCUUACAGAGUCAUUAUGCAAAAGGCUCAGCAAUCGCAGUGAUGUCUCGGAAGAAAUCAUCCGACAGAACAAUUUAUUCGAUAUUGAGUUCAAGAAGCAGAAAGAAGCAAUCGGACGCAUUGAAAAAAUUGAGGUCAGGUAUGAGGGUCCCUCCGAAACCGCCACCCUAGCCAUGAAUAAACACAUUUCAACGCCUUACGACUGCGCCAGACAUCUUGGUGAAAAAAUCGCAGAACAAUCAGCCGUAGCAUUGCUAAAUAAUGACACUCUUUGGCACAUGCAUAAGCCUCUGCCUGACACGUGCAAAUUGCAGUUUUUGCACUACAAAGUGGCACAACCCUCGUCAGUUAAUAAAAUUUUCUGGCGGACUUGCAGCUUUGUUCUGGGGGCUGUGGCUAGUAAUAGUUUCAAAGACGAUGUAAAAGUGCAGUUGCACAGUUUUCCCAGUCCUAAUGUGAGGUCUGGAAGUUUUGUUUACGACGUACAAUUGUCUCUAGAAAAUUGGCAACCCACACAAAAUGAACUCAAAGUUUUAUCAAUUGAAAUGAUUAAAUUUUGCCAAAAAAAUCACGCAAUUCAUUGCAUGGACGUGUCUCAGGAGCUCGCGUUAGAUUUGUUUAGGAAUAACACACACAAGUAUCAACAAAUUCCAAAUAUUGCAGCUAAUCAUAACGGAAAAGUAACACUGUUUAGAGCGGGGCACCAUAUCGACAUUUCAAGGGGGCCCAUGGUGGCAAACACCAGUCACUUCGGGCGCAUCACUGUGGCUAACGUUAUUAAACUGGAGACUGAUAUACCAGGGGGUCCCAUUUAUAGAUUUCAAGGGGUUGCGUUGCCUCGAUCUAUUGUUAUGAAUCAUUUCGCGUACAGUUUACUGGAGGAAAGGGCGCGACAAUUGAAUCCUGCACGAAUUCCUGGAACUUUGGAGAAUUUUGAUGAGGAUAACAGUUUUGUAGCUCAAGUUACCGCCUAAUAAGAUUUAAAAUAAAUUAAUUCUAUAGUAAA